AUUCGGCCCAGACCUGGCAUAUCAUAUUGGUCAACGAUAUCAUUGGCCUGAUAUUUCUUGUAUUGGCCAGGUUCUUUAUCCUGCAAGUGUGGGGAUUCUGUGUUUUCAUUCGUUGUUAAAAUUUUGAAUCUUUUUGAAAUGUCGUAUGACCGACUUCAGCUUAUUCGUCAGGAGGAGGCCGAGUUCAAGAAGGGUCAUCAUCGUCGUGGCAGUGAGGCAACAUUCAAGGAGUUAACGAGAAAAGAUGCAUUGGAGGCCCUUGGAAAGGAGGUGCAGCGGCUUCUGCAAACCGCUGCUCCAGCACAGAGAGAACAACUCGUCAAAGAGAUGGAUGCAUUCCAGAAUCUGUUUAGUCGGUUCUUGCAGGAGACUGGCCCCUCCAUCCACUGGGAAAAGAUUGAAAAAUUACCACAUGAUGCAAUGAAGGAUUAUAAGGACCUAAAGACAAAUAUCCCAGAUGAUAAGAUCAAGAGCAUAUUGGAUAAACUGGUUGUUGUGAAAUUGAAUGGAGGCCUUGGCACAACCAUGGGAUGUGAUGGUCCGAAGAGUUUGAUCUCAGUUCGAAAUGAGCUGACGUUCUUGGAUUUGAACGUCCAACAAAUUGAGAAUCUGAAUAAACUGCAUGGUUGUUCAAUCCCGUUGGUGUUGAUGGACUCGUUUAACACGGAGGAGGAUACAGAGAAAGUGCUGCGGAAGUACAGACAGUUCAAGGUGCCCAUCCACACUUUCAACCAAAGCAUGUUCCCAAGAGUCAACCGUGAAUCACUUCUUCCAAUUGCAAAGACAAUGAGUGAUGUGUCAAGAAAUCUGGAUUGUUGGUAUCCACCAGGCCACGGUGACAUCUAUGAAUCGUUUUACAACUCUGGUCUCCUAGAUAAGUUCAUUGAGGAUGGCAAGGAGUGGGUUUUCAUAUCAAACAUUGAUAACCUUGGUGCUACGGUUGAUUUGGACAUCUUGAAAAGCUUAACAGAUCCUGAAGAAGGAAAAGCCCCAGAAUUUGUGAUGGAAGUAACAAAUAAGACCAGAGCUGAUCAGAAGGGAGGUACCCUCAUCUGGUAUGAUGGAAAGCUGAGGUUGCUUGAGAUCGCACAGGUGCCUAAGGAACAUGUAGACGAGUUCAAAAGUAUUAGGAAAUUCAAAAUCUUCAACACGAACAAUUUAUGGAUCAAUCUGAAUGCUAUGAAGAGAGUUGUGGAGGAGAAGACACUUCACAUGGAGAUUAUCAUUAAUCCAAAGACCCUUGAUAAUGGUUUGAAUGUGAUUCAAUUAGAAACAGCUGUUGGUGCUGCAAUUAAGAGUUUUGAUGGUGCCAUUGGUAUUGUUGUGCCCCGAAAGCGCUUUUUGCCCGUCAAGAAGACAUCCGACCUGCUAAUCGUGAUGAGUAAUUUGUACAAUAUUAAGUCGGGAGCAUUAGAGAUGAACCAGCAGAGGUCCAUUGACUUGGUGCCAUUAGUUAAACUUGGUACACAGUUUAACCGGGUGAGGGACUUCCUUAAUCGGUUUGCCAGUAUUCCCGAUGUGCUGGAACUGGACCAUCUGACCGUAUCUGGAGAUGUGAAUUUUGGAAGAGGUGUUAUUCUUAGGGGCACGGUGAUCAUCAUCGCGAAUAACGGUGAGCGGAUAGACAUCCCUCCUGGUGCCAUUUUAGAGAACAAGAUCAUUUCGGGAAAUCUACGUAUUUUGGAUCAUUGAAUAAAGAAUAAGACACUUUUAAUCAUCUUUUGACUCAAUCCGAACUGAGGAUAUUUUAAAAAUAUCUCUUUUCUUCUGAGGUGGUCAUGAGUCAUGAUUCAGUUCUGUGUGGCCAAAGGAAAUUUCCAGUGACGCGCAAAUGCCCAUGUUGCUUGCACUCAGAACUGAAUUGUUCAGUGCUCAGUUCAAGCGUGGAACAUCUUUCUGACAUGUGACAAGAUGACGUUACCGUAAACUCUGCCUAAAGUGCAUGAUUACCGUGUCAAAUUACAACAGACAACAAAAUAGUUGCAGUCAGUUAUCGCCAGGGGCCGCCACCAUUGGAAUAAUAUCUGUGUGAUAGAUACAGAUGAGUGUUUCUUGGUCUGGCAGAAAUGGUGUUACAUAACAUGAAGGCAUUUACCGGUCUUGAAACCAUUUUAUUUGAAUUGAGAUUUAGGAUAGUUCCUUGAUGAAGAAGAUGCCUUGGCUUAUUUUACUUAGCUUCUUUAUUAUUGGUUUGUUGAUACCGAUAUCUUUAAUGAAUUCUAUGAUGUAUUUAGUUACUAAUUUAUAUAAUCGUUUUCUACUAAUUUAUGGCCCAGGGAUAUUUGUGAAGUCUGUACACAUGAACUUUUCAGGACUCCUGCUAAGGUAAAUAUAUCGACUAGUAGGGUCAGUCACAAUCGUAGCUGUAAAUUGAUAAAUAGUUGUGGAUGGGGAACGUCUUUUGCCCCUCAGCUCCCCUAAAAAAAAUUUUGGCAGUAUAAAAAGUCACUGAAAUACAUCCUUGUGUGUACAUAUUUCAUGAAGGGCCAACAUUGGGUGAUAUGAAUAAAGACUAGCAAAUGCUUUUACUCCGGUUUUGUACAGGAAGCCCUAGUGUAAAUGUACAUGGAGAUUUAGAUAAGGGCAUUUGCUAGUCUUUAUUCAUAUCUCCCAUUGUCACUGUCUCUGUCUUGAUAUUUGUAAGGCUAUGGUACUUCCUCCUUGUGUACUGAGGGCACUGUCUGGUGUAUAAGUAAUUUUAUGGCAGUUUGGCCCUUUGGUCGGGUUAGGGGAGUUAAUUUGGUCAUUGGGACCAAUGGUCGUGGUCUGGGUACCGAGGUGGUCAUGUCGCCAACUGGGAUUCCACUGUAUAUUGCUGGAAUUGUUUUGAUUGAUAGAAGUUCAUAUCAGCGUGACAGAGUUUGCAUUACUACAUGUCAUCCAUGAGUUGGUAGGUUAUGGUCCUAAAUUGCUGACUUGUUAUAGUCUGUUGUACAUCAUUGUAAAUAUUGACUGUCAGAAAUUAAGCUAGAAAUAAAUAUGGAUAGU